CUCGUUCAAGGAGUAUUCCUGCAAAAUUUGAGAAAAGUAAAAAGCUUUUGCUGAUGAUAAUUAUGAAUACAGAAGAACUCCAGGAUCUCCCAGGAUACAAGGCUAUACUGAAGGCGGUACUAAGACAACAGAUUCAAAUGCUGGUAGAGCAGCUGAGUGAGCAUACAGGUGAGGAAACAGUGGUUCUGUCAGCAAACAUUACAGAGGGCACAUUAUCACAUCUUGGCUCAGAGUAUGGUAAAAUCUUCCUGGAGAAAGAACAGGCAAUCAAGUCAAAGUUCCUUGGAUUCUGCUUGAGAAAGAACCUAUCAGCUUCGGAUGAUUUGAAUGAAAAUAACACAAAGGAUGCUUCACUGCCAAAGCAAAAGAGAAAACUCAGUGUCUCAAGUGAUAGCAGCUUAAACAGAUCUUCAUCAAAAGCCGCUAAACUUGGAUGUGAAGAUACAUCGUACAGUAGUUCUGCAACACAGCGAAACAUUGUAGGGCUUCUACCAGACCUGAGCAGGGCAACUUCAGAUUAUCUUCAAAAACUGAAUCAAACUGUCGGCCAGGAAAUCAUGAGGAAUGAUUUAACUGACAAUUCAUUGCAAGAAAAACAUUACCCAUUAGGUUCUUAUGCAGUGAAUGAGCAGAAUAAAUCUGACCUUGACUUUAGUAAAAAUGACCUUGACUAUGGUAAGAAUAACCUUGACUUGUCUAUAGUCAAGGUUGAACAGAAUAGUGGUACUGUCUGCUCCACAGACGCUGGUCACUUAGACACUGAUAACAUGUAUGAGAUGAACUCACAUCUGUCCGACUUAAACUACGGCAGUAUAUCUAAACUAUAUAGUGCAGACAGAAAUCAAGGUUUUUCAAAGAAAAUGAAUGAAAAUCUACACACUUUGAAUACGACUUUGGGGUCAAAUGUUAGUUAUAACAAUGGAGAAUUUAAUAGAGGUAGUGGACAAGCAUUGCCACGUCAGUUUAGGAUGUAUAAAUGUGAUUUCUGUGAAAAGACAUUCCGUGAGAAAACAAAUUUACGUGUUCACGUGCGUACACAUACUGGCGAGAAACCUUUUAAGUGUUUUUUAUGUGGGAAAGAAUUUGCUCAUAGUUCAAAUCUGAAGCAGCAUGAGAGGGGCGUGCAUAAACUUCCGCCAACAGUACCUCAAUAUAAACAACAGUUUUACACAGGCUUGUCAAAAAUGCAGGAACUGAGCCAGCAGGCAGACAGUGCUUUCAUUGAUAGUCAGCAACAGAUGUUCCAGAGUCAACAUGGAUCACCUCACCACGUAAUGAAAUCAGAACCGAGUGAAGAGCAUAAAAUGAGUGAAGAGAUUAAAACAGAAAAUCCUCAGGAGAGUGACACUUCAAACCAAAUCAUUCCAGAUAAUGCUGCUGGCUCAGACACUAUCGAUAGUGAAACAACUGAAGGAAAUUAGUCGCAUAAAAAUGAUAAUUAAGCAAACUGGCUUCUAAAAACUUUAAAAACAUUACUUGUUUUAUUUUAUGGGCAUGAAUUUUUUUUCAUUUCAUUAGCAUGAUAUUUUUGGCAUUUGCCUGAAUGGUUGUAUCUUGGUUUGAUUUUGUGGAUUUUAAUUUGAAGGUUUAAAUUAAAAUAAUAUUUCAUCAAUUUAAUAAUUUCAUAGGGAAAUACUUUAAGAGUUGUACACCUAUAGAUGGAAGUUAAUGUUUUUUUAGUAGAUGAAUUACCAUAGUGGUGAAAAGUAUCUGUAAAGCGGGUAUAAAACUGAUGGUGUCUAGUCAACUGCCCUUGUAUCACUGAGGAUACUUGGAUUCACAACCAAGAUAUAAUAAGGAAACAUUAAAUUUUAAUAAGAUAUAAUCGGCUUGUAUUGCUAUUUCAUUUAUGUGUUGAAAAAGUUUUGAAAAAAUGUGAUUUAAUAUUAUUACCAGUAAUAUACCAGAUAUCAGUUGAUAAACUGCUAUAAACAGAGUUGUUAAAUCUAUACUUAUCACAGUUCUUAUCUGAAUUUUGUAAUUUAAGUGAUUUAGACAAUGUGAUUUUUGUAUAUUUCUCCAACUGACUUAAAUUUUCUGUUGUUAUUUGAAUGUAUUUAUUGGAGUGAGCACCUGAUAGGCAUAUGAAAAAAAAUCUUUAGAGCUUAAAAUUGAAUUUGAUUUUUUGGGGGCUGGUUUACCCAGUACUAAAGUUAAAGUGUAUUUCUGAUAAUCAUAGAAUCUUUAAUUUACUCCUGAUCACAUGAAAAAUAAAUGUUCAUGCGCUUCCAAAAAGUUCCAUUCAUGAAUAUUGUGUAUGAAUUGUCAACAAGUCCUAAGUUAGCCUGUCUCCAUGCAGACUGACCAUGUAGAUUAUAUUAGAUCUAUUGAUGUUAAGGUAUUCAAGCCCAUAGUUACAUCACAGCAUUCCAGCUGACCAUUUAGAUAAUGUUAAUUUCUGGUUCAUUUGAGGUCAUGUAGAGUUUAUCUUAGAUUUGAGGCGCAUUUGUGUUUAAUAUUUCCCAUACACAUGAUACACAUAUUUAAAUGGUUUGGCAUUUGUUCUGUUACAAAUAGGGUGAUACAAAUUGAUCAGAGAUAUAUAAUUAGUAGCACAGUUUAUAAGUAUGAUAUUUAUAAAGUAAAGGUAAUUAUGAAUGUUGUGUUGUGUUUUUUUUCUUUUUUGUUCUAUAAACUUAUUAUAUUUUGUACAGGUGGCAUUACAUAUUUAAUAGACAAAAUGUAAAUUUGGGUAUUUUCUGCCUAAUCUUGGCUGUUAAUUGGCAUUUAGGUACACAAUAACUGCCAUAAAAAGAAAUAUAAAGCAACAAAAACCUGUCCUACUAGAUAUCUCAAGAUUUUUCUUUGGGAUUACUAAAAUGUUCCUGUUUCAUUGUGUGCCAUAUAUAUUCUUUAAUUUAAUUGUAAAUAGUUGGAGGCAAAAAAAAAACACCUACAUUUUUAGCUCGACUAUUCAUAGAAUAGUAGAGCUAUUGGACUCGCCCAUGCGUCGGCGUCCGCGUCCGCAUCGGCGUCCGCGUCCCGAUUUGGUUAAGUUUUUGUAUGUAAGCUGGUAUCUCAGCAACCACUUGUGGGAAUGGAUUGAAACUUCACACACUUAUUCACUGUGAUAAACUGACUUACACUGCACAGGUUCCAGAACUCUGUUUUGCUUUUUUACAAAAUUAUGCCCCUUUUUUGACUUAAAAAUUUUUGGUUAAGGUUUUGUAUGUAAGCUGGUAUCUCAGUAACCACUUGUGGGAAUGGAUUGAAACUUCACACACUUAUUUACUGUGAUAAACUGACUUACAUUGCACAGGUUCCAUAACUCUAUUUUGCUUUUUUACAAAAUUAUGCCCCUUUUUCGACUUAGAAUUUUUUGGUUAAGGUUUUGUAUGUAAGCUGGUAUCUCAGUACUCACUAAUGGGAAUGGAUUGAAACUUCACACACUUGUUCACUGUCAUGAACUGACAUGCACAAAGCAGGUCCCAUAACUUUAUUUUGCUUUUUUACAAAAUGAUGCCCCUUUUUCAGCAUAGAAAUUUUUGGUUAAGUUUUUGUAUGUAAGCUAGUAUCUCAGUAUCCACUAAUGGGAAAGGAUUGAAACUUCACACACUAGUUCACUGUCAUGAUAUGACAUGCAGUGCAAAGGGUCAAUAACUCAACUUUGCAUUUUACAAAAUUAUGCCCCUUUUUGAACUUAGGAGUUUUUGGGUUAAAUUCUUAUAUGUAAGCUGGUAUCUCAGUACCCACUAAUGGGAAUGGAUUGAAACUUCAUACACUUGUCCACUGUCAUGAGCUGAUAAGCACUAUGCAGGUUCCAUAACCCUAUUUUACUUUUUUACUAAAUUAUGCCCCUUUUUCGACUUUCUUAUUCAUUCAAGCGACAAGGCUGUUGAAUAGUCGAGCGUUGCUGUCCUCCGACAGCUCUUGUUGUGAAGAUAGAUUUAGUUAACCUUGACAAAUGUAUAAGCUCCCACUCACUGCACAUUGCCAAAAUGUUUUAUGAUUUGUUACUUCUAUAUUAACAAGUCUAACUGUGUAUGUCUUAAGUUAACGAUUUUAUGCUAUAGGCAAAAAUGACAAUUUCCAAUUUUAUGUUUUUGAUAUAGAUAGCCUUUUUAUGCCCCCCGCAUUUAUGUUGGGGAGCAUAUAGCGUUGCUGCUUUCCGUACAUCGGUCCAUCUGUAUGUACAUCCGGAAAUCUUGUGUGUCCAACUCCUCAAACUUUAUCAGCCAGAUUUGCUUCAGACUUUCACAGAUGAACAAGCUUGAUGUGCAGAUGACCAUAAAGGAAAGAUGUUUUUAUGUUACAGUUUUUAGCUAGACUUUUUCGAAGAAUAAGUAGAGCUAUCCUACUCACCACGGCGUCGGCGUCACACCAUGGUUAAAUUUUUCGUACCAGUCCACAUUUUGACAAAGUCUUUUGAGAUAAAGCUUUGAAACUUUCAACACUUGUUUACCAUCACCAUGGCCAGUUAUAGGCAAGAGCACAUAACUCCAUCAGGGAUUUUUGCAGAAUUAUGGCCCCUUUUGACUUAGAAAUCAUGGUUAAGUUUUUCGUACCAGUUCAUAUUUUGACAAAGUCUUUUGAGAUAAAGCUUCGAAAUUUUCAACAAUUGUUUACCAUCACCAUGUCCAGUUAUAGGCAAGAGUACAUACUCUGUCAAGGAUUUUGGCUGAAUUAUGGCCCCUUUCGACUUAGAAAUUUUGGUUAAAUUUUUCAUACCAGUUCAUAUUUUGACAACGUCUCUUGAGAUAAAGCUUUGAAACUUUCAAGACUUGUUUACCAUCACCAUGUCCAGUUAUAGGCAAGAGCACAUAACUCCACCAAGGAUUUUGGCUGAAUUAUGGCUCUUUUUGACUUAGAAAUCUGGGUUAAGUUUUUCGUACCAGUUCAUAUUUUGACAAAGUCUUUGAAGAUAAAGCUUUGAAACUUUAAACACCUGUUUACCAUCACCAUGUCCAGUUAUAGGCAAUAGUACAUAACUUCAUCAAGGAUUUUGGCUGAAUUAUGGCCCCUUUUGACUUAGAAAUCUUGGUUAAGUUUUUCGUACCAGUCCAUAUUUUGUGUAAAGUGUUUGACAUAUGGCUUUGAAACUUUUAUCACUUGUUCAGUAUAAUAGUCUCUAUCUGUAGGAAAGAGUACAUAACUCUUGUCAUAUAUUUUGGCUGAAUUAUUGCCCUUUUUGGACUUGGAAAUUGGUUCUGAUUUCAUACAAGUCCACGUUUUGUCAAAACUAUUUGACAUAUGGCUUUUUAACAUUGAACACUUGUUUAUCAUCAUGAUUUCCAUCUGUAGGCAAGACUACAUAACUCUGACAACUAUUUCGGCUGAAUAAUGGCCCUUUUUGGACUUUGAAAUUGGUUCACACAUUGCCAUUUAGUGCAAGACUUAUCGAAAUCCACAAAUACGGAAAAAUUUUGUGUGUCCAACUCCUCCCACAUUAUAAGCCUGAUUUGCAUCAAACUUUCACAGAUGAACAAGCUUGCUGUGCAAAUGACCAUAAAGGAAGGAUUUUUUCUGUAACUAUUUUUAUGUUAUGGCCCUUUGAUAGUUUUGCUAUAUAGAAUAUAGAGAAAACUCUUGUGUGUCCAACUCAUUAAACACUAUUGAAAGGAUGCUCUUGAAAGUUUCACAGAUGUAGGACCUUGAUGUGAAGAUGACCAUAAAUAAUGGACAUUUUUGUGGCUAUUGUUUUUCAAUAAUUAUUGCCUUUUCUGAAUUUGACAAAAUAUGCCAUAGUGGAGAAAUUUGGUGUGUUCAAUUGCUCAUACACUUCGCUCAGAUGCACAAUCUUAUCUGAAUACAAUUUGCCUCAAACUUUUAGUUGAACAUCCUUCAUGUGAAGAUGGUCUGUAUUAAAAACUUUAUUUAGGGGAUGGCGCAGUAUGUCGGGGCAUUCGUGUCUAAUGGACAAUUCUAGUUGAGUUUAAAAUAAUUUAGAGUAAUAUGCUAUGAAUUAUUUAUUGAAUUUUUAUCAGUUAGAUGUAUAUUAUAUGUGUCAUAAUAAAUUAUAAUUUAUCAUGAAAUAGAUUUUUGGUUAUGAUGUGUUUUGAAACUGUACAUUUUUAUAUCUAGUCAUUAUCAGUUGUAUUGUUUGUAGUCCUUUUUUUCAAGGACAGUAUAAAUACGAAUGAGAUUGUGUAUAAAUUGUUGAAAAAAAUUCAUUCUUGUAUUUGUUUCAUAUCUUAAAAAGUCUCUAGGCCGAUGUGUUGCUUUAUUUCAUUAUACAGUCUACACAAACUUUAAUAUUUUGUUUCAAAAAGAAAAUUAUAACUCUAUUAUAGAAUAACGAGUGUCAGCUUGCAUGCAAGAGGGUAAUGCUUCAUUAUAUAAUAACCUCUGUAUUUGCUUCUUUUAAAACCUUUCAGAGUCUUCUUCGAGAUUUAGAAUUCUAGCACUGUCAAUGUUAUCUAUUAAACAUAUAAAAGUAUAGUAAAAUAAAAGUCUGAAAUAAACAGUUGACUGAAG